AUGCCAGAACCUUCGACUAAAUGUGCUUCUUGUCGUAAAGACAAGAAGAAAUGCGUCCGUAUAGGAAAGUUUAGGUGUAAUAGGUGCAAAGAUAAGGGAAGAAAGUGUAUAAUCCAAUGUCUUGAUUGUUAUGAAAAAAAUAAAACAGAAAAGGACGUUAUUCAUUGUUGUCCAAAUUGUAAAACGGUUAAAGAAGGCGACUAUGAUUUUAUUACGGAUGAUGAUGGAAAAACUUAUCUUCUUUCUAGUGACGGCGUUAAAUUUGAGAUUACGCCAGGCGUCGAAUUAUUAUUUAACAAUUACCCAUAUGGAGAAUUAGAGAUCCAUGAUGGUACGCAUGAUGAGAUGAUAUACACUACGAUUAUUAUUGCAAUUGAAAUUUGGCCAAGCGGAUGUUGA